AUGGAAAGUAUUCGCAAAAGAAGUAAUGCAUUUUGUGCCUGCUGUGGAGAAGGCAGGAUACCUAGGAGACCACCAAGUUCAGAAAUCGCAAAACCUGAAAUCUCAUGGAGAAGUGAACAAACUAUUCAAAAAGAUGGACAAAAGAAACUUUUACGUCGCAAUACUAUUUAA